CCCCCUCCGUCAUAUAAAGGACGUCAGCACAGACACAGCUGGCUGAGCUAGCUCCCGAGCCGCGGACUUUAAUCUUCUUUAUUAUUAUUAAUCAUUAUUAUUUAUCUUUAUUAUUAAUCAUUGACAUUCAAUGUGUUAGUUACCACUCUCAUACAGUGUAUGUGCAGUCACUCAGGCCGCUCCAUGGCGUUCAAUGGCCGCCAACGCGACGACGACAGCUCCGAGGACGGAACGCCCACGAAGCUGCCGCGGCCCGGGAACGAGACGAACGCGUCCGCGGGAAGAGCCGCGUCAGACCGGCCCACCGCCAACUCGACGCCGAGGCAGCGGAUCGACUCGGUGAAGAAAACAAGGCCGCCGUUCCCCUGGUUCGGCAUGGACAUCGGAGGCACUCUGGUGAAGCUGGUGUACUUUGAGCCCAAAGACAUCACAGCAGAGGAGGAGCAGGAGGAGGUGGAGAACCUGAAGAGCAUCCGGCGCUACCUGACCUCCAACACGGCCUACGGGAAGACGGGCAUCAGGGACGUCCACCUGGAGCUGAAGGACCUGACGAUGUGCGGCCGGACGGGCAACCUGCACUUCAUCCGCUUCCCCACGCACGACCUGCCGGCCUUCCUGCAGAUGGGCCGGAACAAACACUUCUCCAGCCUGCACACCACGCUGUGCGCCACCGGAGGAGGCGCGUACAAGUUCGAGUCCGACUUCCGCACCAUGGCCGACCUGCAGCUUCACAAGCUGGACGAGCUGGACUGUCUGAUUCGGGGGGUGGUGCACAUCAACUCGGUGGUGUCCGGCGGACUCUCUGAGUGUUACUACUUUGAGAACCCCACCGACCCGGACCGCUGCGUCCAGAGGCCGUACACGCUGGAGAACCCGUACCCUCUGCUGCUCGUCAACAUCGGGUCCGGGGUCAACUUCCUGGCCGUCUACUCCGAGAGCGAAUACAAGCGCGUCUCAGGGACCAGCCUCGGUGGUGGCACCUUCCUCGGCCUGUGCUGCCUGCUGACCGGCUGCUCCACCUUCGAGGAAGCCCUGGAAAUGGCUUCUCGAGGGGAGAGCGCGCGAGUGGACAAGCUGGUUCGGGACAUCUACGGAGGAGACUACGAGAGGUUCGGGCUGCCGGGCUGGGCUGUAGCCUCGAGUUUUGGGAACAUGAUGUUCAAGGAGAAGAGAGAGUCUGUGUCCAAAGAAGACCUGGCCAGGGCGACACUGGUCACCAUCACCAACAACAUCGGCUCCAUCACCAAGCUGUGCGCGCUCAACGAGAACAUCGAGCGGGUCGUGUUCGUGGGUAACUUCCUCCGGGUGAACACGCUCUCCAUGAAGCAGUUGGCCUACGCCAUGGACUACUGGUCCAAAGGACAGCUCAAGGCUCUCUUCCUGCAGCACGAGGGUUACUUUGGAGCGGUUGGAGCUCUGUUGGGGCUCCUCCACCCUGCUGCGUCCUAAUCUGUCCGAGCUGCAUCCAAAGAAAGAACUCGUCGAUCUGCUGACCGUUGGCACUUUACACUGUUUCAGUUAGUUCCACAGUGGAAGACGCUACGCCCACCUCCAACCACUGUCCCGAACAUGAGCAGGUCCUGUUCUGUCCUCAGAGGUGGAGCUGGUGGAGCUGCUGUGGUCAGCUGAUCGUCUCUGCAGGACCAGUCUGACACUUUGACUCAGGUUCAGUCCCGGCCGAGCGCUCAAAGCUCUUCACCUGCUUCAUGUGUUUGUGUUUGUGUAGCAGGUGGACGGACAGGUGCCGCCUCUGCCUAUAAAUGGUCAACGCUUCCUGUCACAGUAGACCUGAGGACAGUGAUUGGUCGAGUUUAGCAUCAGUGCUGCUAUCAGGACAGUCUGCCCUGCUGACGUGCCCUCGAGCACGGCGUCCCUCCUGUGGACCAAUCAGAGGAGAGGAAACAUGAAGAUUUGGGCAUUUGUGUCUUUUUAAUAUGAACGUCGUCUGAUGUGUCUCAUUUUAAUGUAAUCUAUUACUUGAGUAAUCCGUCCAUGGAUUACAGGGACCAGAGUCAACCCUGAAGCUACCUGACGACGAGUUGAUCUUAAAUAAAGUGCCUGUCAGACACUGUGACAUCACUUCCUGUUCUUUGUAACAGUAAUUUCAAAUUAAAAGAAUCUUUCAUAUUUUUAUUGUUUGGAGUUAUUUUCAUGUA